GAUGGGAACCCCCACCCACAGCGCCGUGCACCUGAGCAACUGGCAGAAAAGUUACUUCGCCAUCACCUCUGGCACCUGCACACCAGGACAGAAGGCAGACGAAUACCGUGCCAAAAUCCUGCGCAUUCAGUAUGCAUGGGCAAACUCCGAGAUCUCGCAGGUCUGCGCUGCCAAGCUGUUUGAAAAAUACACGGAGAAGUACGCUGCAAUUAUUGACUCUGACAACAUAGAGACUGGCUUGAAUAACUACGCUGAAAACAUUCUGACUUUGGCAAAGUGUCAGCAAAAUGACAGUGACAAGUGGCAAUCUGCCCUGACAACAGAUAAUGUGUUUGAAUUAAAGUGUGUGCGAGAGAGGAUGCGGGCUGGCAAAAAUUGCCGGAGCUCUCAGAUGGCACCAGCAGAUGCCUGUGCGCUAGCCGAUAAAGGGGUCAGUGCCUCUGCUGCGCCAGGUCUUCCUAAACCCGGUCUCCUCAGCACUGCCGGAGAGCCCGAGCUCCGUGCCGGCUCAGCAAAAUGUACAAGUCAGGGACCAGAGCCCCUUGAGCAUCCCUCAUCUUCAAAGUCACUUCAAAGCAGCGCGCCUCCUGUGACCAAGAGUUCAGACAUUCUUCCUGCCUCUUCAGCCUCCUUAAACAAACAGCUUCUGACAGGUUUCCAGGCCACUCCGCUGUUUGGAAGUAAGGAAGUGACGGGCAGUAGUUCUCUGAAAAUGCUGGGCACCUGUCGUGAUGGGCAAAACGCGUCUCUUCCCAGCCAGGCCGCUGCACCGGCGUGGUCUGCAAGUUCUGGAAAAAGGAAAGCGUUCUAUGGCAUGGCUGAUGAAGGCAGCACGGUGACUCCUAACCUUGCUCUGUGCGAGGCUCCCGUCAGUGCAGAAACCAGCAGUUUUUCAGGGAAUAGAAACAGAAGUGAAGAGGGCAGCAUUCCUGGUUUUAGAACGGCAAAAGAGCAGCUGUGGGUGGAUCAGCAGAAGAAAUCUCAGAACCUGCCCCAGCGCGCGCCAGUCUCGUCCUACGGAGGCGUAAAAAAAUCGCUGGGUGCGGGCCGAUCUCGGGGCCCCUUUGGCAAGUUUGUUCCUCCAGUUCCAAAACAAGACGGAAACGAAAACGGAGGAGCCCAGUGCAAACCUCACACGAGAGGGCAGCCGGAUCCGUCGCUGCCUGUGGAUGAACGACUGAAAAACAUCGAACCGAAAAUGGUCGAGCUCAUUAUGCACGAGAUCAUGGACCAUGGGCCUCCUGUCAACUGGGAUGACAUCGCCGGUGUUGAAUUUGCUAAAGCUACCAUAAAAGAAAUAGUGGUCUGGCCUAUGCUGAGGCCAGACAUCUUCACUGGGUUACGUGGCCCUCCCAAAGGAAUUCUUCUCUUCGGCCCUCCCGGGACUGGCAAGACUCUUAUAGGCAAGUGCAUCGCGUGCCAGUCCGGAGCGACGUUUUUUAGCAUCAGUGCCUCUUCCCUGACUUCCAAGUGGGUGGGCGAGGGGGAAAAGAUGGUCCGUGCGCUGUUCGCUGUGGCACGAUGUCAGCAGCCAGCAGUGAUUUUCAUUGAUGAGAUCGAUUCUCUGUUGUCUCAGCGGGGAGACGGGGAGCACGAGUCGUCAAGAAGGAUAAAAACUGAAUUUCUGGUCCAGUUAGAUGGGGCAACAACCUCCUCCGAAGAUCGUAUUCUGGUGGUUGGAGCAACAAACCGACCCCAGGAAAUCGAUGAAGCUGCCCGCAGGAGGCUGGUGAAGAGACUGUACAUUCCUCUCCCGGAAGCCUCAGCGAGGAAGCAGAUUGUUACCCGUCUGAUGUCACAGGAGCACUGCUCUCUGAACGAAGAGGAAGUCGAGCUCAUAGUUCAGAAAUCGAACGGAUUUUCUGGGGCAGACAUGACGCAGCUCUGUCGAGAAGCUUCUCUGGGCCCCAUCCGCAGUCUCCAGUCCAUGGACAUCGCAACCAUCAUGCCAGACCAAGUUCGGCCCAUUGCUUUCCUGGACUUUGAGAACGCCUUCCGAACCGUGCGGCCCAGCGUCUCCUCAAAGGACCUGGAGCUGUAUGAAACCUGGAACCAGACGUUUGGCUGUGGGAGAUAG